AUGUACAUUACAGCAAGUAUCCGCGAUAAUCACAAUGAACUCUGUCGCAGUCAACUAGGUGCAUUCUGGGACAAACACAAUGCAACAAUCCAGCGACUUGAAUGCGCCAAUGAAUAUAUGAACUGGAUCAAGUUUGCUGACACACUUGACCGGACAUCUGCAUACACUGUACCGAUUGUGCUGAUUGCAUAUAUCGACAACAAUAACGGUGAUCACAUUGAUACAAAUGACAAACACGGUAUUACACUGAUUGAUGUGUGUCAUAAACUGUUUUGGUGUAGUCAAAUGCAACAUACUCAGUUUCCGUGGUCACAGCACUUUGAUUCCGAAUUACCAAUUGAUAUGAUGCUACACGAACAACAGAUUCGUCGUGUUCAGCACUACAAAUAUCUGGGUGUUGUAUUGCACGAACCACUGUAUCACACCAUGCGACUGAACUAUAUUCAGAUUGCUGUAUCCAAUAGCAUGUUGGUUGUGUCCAGUUCUUGCAAACCAUCAACUCACAAUCAACUUUUGGACACGAAUAUUCUUGGCAGUCAGUCUAUUAAUGAUCAUGUAUGCACUGGAUCUGAUUGGUGGUUGGUGAUGACUUGA